UAUAUUUCUAUUUUAAAUAUAUGAUUAAAGAAGGAGUCGUAAACGCGCUAGUCACAUAUAACGAUAUAAUGUAUGUAUGCUUAGCCCGAAUGGUUUGCUGCAGAUCGAUAGUGAAUUUUUACCACUGACCCGUCCUAGUUUUCACUCUAGAUAAGUUUUUCGUGUUAUUAUAUGGGAUUUAUUUUAAACCUUUCUCACGAUUCUCCUAAGAUAUUGGGCGGGUCCCCCCAAACCAACCAACCAACAUUUACUUAUUGUCUUUUAUACAUUGUGUCAUUUUUAUGCGCCUCUUAGCUCUCACUCUCUUUCUGCGCACUGCACCGUACUAUUCGUUAUCUUUCCUUUUUCCUCUUUCACCAUUUCGCGCUUUCGUUUCUUAUUAUUAUUCUUCUUCUUCUUCUCCUCCUUUUCCUUUUUUUUAAUUCCCUAUCUUUCUUUCCUUUUUUUUUUUCUUUCCUUUUCGCGACUAUACGCACACGAUCUACGCGCGAAUGACUCUCCGCGGCCUAUUUUAGCCAAUUAAACGGAUAACAUGACAUCAGGCAGUUGCUUUAGGAUGGAAUGGGUCGAAAUCAUAGAACCACGUACGAAGGAGCAUAUGUAUGCCAACCUUACCACCGGAGAAUGUGUAUGGGAUCCACCACCUGGUGUACCUGUGAAGAAGACAGAUAAUAAUCAGUGGUGGGAAUUAUUUGAUCAGAAUACGUCAAGGUUUUAUUACUAUAAUGCCACAUCUCAGAAAACUGUCUGGCAUCGCCCAACCGAUUGCGACAUUAUACCCUUAGCAAAACUGCAGACAUUAAAGCAGAACACAGAGCCAGCUGGUAGUAGUGGAAGUGAUAUCCACAAAAAUGCAGAACCUAGAAAGAAAGAAUCUGUAUCUACACAGACUCAAACACCUGUUAGUCGUUCAAUGCGUUUUAAUCAUCAAGACAAUCCUAAUUUAUCUGUUACACUGCAAGUGGGUAGUGCUAGUAAAUCUCGAACAUCUGGCAUCGGUGUGGAUAUGCAGACAUCUCCACCAUCACCAUCUCCUUCUUCAAGACGACAUCAUCAUCACCAUCAUCAUCAUCAUAAUAAUCGGCACCAUAGACAUCACGAAGUACCAGCAACUAGACGACAACAUAAUCAUUCUCAAGAUUCUGGUCGAUCCAGUGAUAGUUCUGUCUCCCAUAGUCGCACUUCUUUAGAAUCAACAGGGUAUCGAUUGCUAGAUUCUCCGCAUCGUCAUCAUCAUCGUACUACGGUUCAACCUCCUCCAACACAUGCUCAGUCUUCACCUAGACAGCAUAGUGGCACAUUAGAAGGUAGAUGUCAUAAAAGUGGGACACUUGAAAACGUUAAAAAUCAGAAGUCUAUAUCAUUGGGUGAACCACCACCACUGGGAUUGUCUCUCUCAACUAGUACUCCUCUCUUCAAGAAAAAGACUUUCCCAGAUGCACAACGCGAGGGUAGAGUAGGAAAUUUGGAUCUUGAAAAGAACAAAAAUGGUAAAGAAAGUAGUAGGGGUUCCUAUGGUCCUGAACCAAGUACUUCUCCAUAUAGAGAUUCUUUAAUGGAAUCAAGAGUAUUCAGGCAAGAAAUGCCACCCUAUCGUCCGCCAGAAGUUCAAAUAAGUCAUAGCUAUAAAUCCCAAGGUGAAAAAUAUGGUUCGUUAAUUGAAAGCAGUAACCGUUUCCUUAGAGAAAGAGAUUGGGAAAUGCAUCAAAGAGAAAGAGUUAAUAGUUUAGACAAAUCUAAUACUUCUGCCUUUUAUCCAAGUUCCAUGCAUCCACGGAAUAUGAAUAAACAAGAUACUACAGGUAGUAUAGGUAAAAGACAUUAUGGAUGUUCUGCUUCAUUGUCAGAAGCAAAUGUUCGUGACAUGUAUGGAGCAAUGUUAGCAGAGAGAAAUGAUCCAUCCAAGAGUUUAGUAAGAGCUACAGGAAUUAUUGCUAACGUAGCCAAACAGAGAAGUAUGGAAGUAUCUGAGAGAGAAAGAGAACGGGAUCGUGAUAGAGAAAAAGAAUAUAGAAGAAACACAGCGUGCAAUAAUUCGCUUGAUUGCACAUCGCAACCUCUAGCUCGUAGUUAUAGUUUUGUGCAACAACAAAAAUUGCAACAAUUACAUCAGCAACAACAGCAGCAGCAACAACAACAGCAGCAGCAGCAGCAACAACAGCAAAGUAGAAGAAGAGAUAGAGACGAGGAUGCCAUGCACGAGCGUUAUUUGAUAAGUCAAAGUCAUGAACAAUCUAGGCAGCGACUUAGUAGUAACACUAGUAGUAGCAACAGUAGCAACAGCAGUAGUAAUAGUGCUGUAGGAGAAGAUAUCGAAGGACAUUUGGAUACGGAAGAUAGUAAGAAGAAGAGAAGUAAUGGUAAUCCGAGUCCACCGUUAUCCCCGUUCUAUGGAAAUCUUUUAUCAGAUGCAGAUCAUUUGUUACCACUUCAACAUUAUAUUCUUCAACAAGCUAAAUUAUCAGGUUGUUACAAGUUUGGAGAUCCAUUGUUAGUAGAAGAGGGUGAUGAUUCUUUAGACGAAGAGGGUGGUCGAAGUGGAGGUAUAGGAGGAAGAGUUGACGAUGAUUCUGAUGAUCAAUUUGCCGAUGACGAAGCAGCAAGUAAUCAGGGUGACUCGUCUAGCCAAGAAUAUCUCGAAGAUCAUUAUGCUGAUCUAGGUAACUAUGAUACCGCUGGUUUAGCAACUUAUUAUAAUACAGCCGACACAUUAACAAGGCCACAACCAUCUCCACCAGCUUCGCCAACCAUAGUAACGCAAACAGAGACACAAGAUAGCGUUGUUCCGUGUGUUAGACGAGUAUCUUUACCAUCUUCCACUUUAACUUCUAUACCAAGUGUAGGUACAGGAAACGAUAAUACUGAUUUAGACGAGGCACGUCGUGAUGAUAGUACCAGUGGUGGUGAUAUCGAAAAAUAUGCUCAAGACAAUCUUAAUUUGAAUUGCGGAAGACCAAAAGGAUUAAGAUUAUUGUUUCGAAAGAAAUUCAGUGUCCGUGAUAUUCUCAGUUGGUCAAAGGAUCCCAUACCCCAGCCUAUGUUGGUUGUUGUUGAUGGUGAAAAAUUAUUGAAAAGAGAAGCAUGCAAUUUGUUUCGAUUGGUUCAAGUAUAUAUGGGUGAUCGUAAGGCAAACGUUGGUAUGACGUUAGACGGAGUUGCUAUGGACAUCGUAAAUACAGCAUUUUCUAAACCACCUUUACGCGAUGAGCUGUAUGUUCAAAUCUGUAGGCAGACUACAGAAAAUCCUCGAAAAGAAAGUCUUCGUAGAGGCUGGGAACUGAUGGCUAUUUGUCUAGCGUUUGUACCACCUAGCGCUACUUUUGAACCUUACCUCGAAGGAUACAUGAAUAGGCACCGCGAUCCAAACUUCCAAUUUCCAGAGGUUGCUAAGUGGCCAAUUCAUGUACAAGUCAGUCAUUAUGCAACGGUUGCCUGUAAACGUCUUCAGCGAAUUGGUGCUCAUGGUAAAAGACAGCCGCGCAAGGCUACCACUGAAGAUAUCGAUCAAGCUAGGAUACAAAUUUUCCGUGCAUCAAUGUUUGGUGCAACCCUAUCCGAAGUAAUGGCAUUGCAAAGAGAUCGUUUUCCACAUCGUGAAUUACCGUGGAUACAAACGACUUUAACAAGACAAGUAUUGGUACGUGGUGGCACAUUAACGGAAGGUAUUUUCCGGGUAUCCGCUGAUGCCGACGAAGUGAGCGCUUUGAAGGCCUGCUUAGAUAAAUUUGAAGAUGGCGCAAUAUUGGCAGCUUCUCAAGAUGCACAUGCUCCUGCUUCCUUAUUAAAGCUAUGGGUACGCGAAUUAUACGAACCUUUGAUACCAGACUCCUUUUAUACGGAGUGCGUAUCGAUGCGUCACGACGAUGCACAAGUUUCAGCAACUAGCGUAGCUGCUAUCGUUGAUAGAUUGCCUGAUCUCAAUCGACGCGUUUUGUGUGACCUUAUACGAUUCUUACAGAUCUUUGCAAGGCCUGAAGUAGUAGCACGUACCAAAAUGGAUGCAAAUAAUCUUGCAAUGGUAAUGGCACCAAACAUUUUACGGUGUACAUCACAAGAUCCUCGUGUUAUAUUAGAAAAUGCACGAAAGGAAAUGGCUUUUGUUCGUACUCUGAUCGAGUCGUUAGACACUGCUUGGAUCGAUGGUCUUCACUGACCAUUCUAUUACGCUAGUAAAGAACACUUUAGACUAUUAUGCCAAAUGAAUCAGCUGUAUAUUCACACCCGUUGUUAGUUAUCUCACUGUUCUCUACACGUUCGUAUAUUUUUGUUUAUUUGUUUGUUCAUCUUUCGUCACUUUAAAAAGAUGAUGAAGAAGAAGAAGAAGAAGAAAAAAAAACAAGAAAAGAAAAGAAAAAAAAAAUAUACCUUGAAUGUUCUCUCGUGUUGGUAAGUUUAGUACUCGAAGUUUUACCAAGCUAAUAACGCCAUAUUCUAUUCUCCUUUCUCACUUUCUAUUUAUUAUUUAUAUACAGAUUCUAUGUUAUAAAGAUAGAGAUUAUUAGAUUAUAUUAUGUAGAUCCCUCUAUAUAUAU